AUCGUAAUUCUUGUUAUAGUAAUAUUAGUUAUAGUAAUAGUAGCUUUUAUAAUGGUGGGGGGUGUGGUAGUAAUAGUAGUAACAGUAAUAGUAGGGUUAGGGUUAGGUUUAGUAGUAAAACUUGUAAUAUUAUUGUUAGUAACAAUGUAAAAGUUAAAGUAGUGGUAGUAUUAGUAAUAGUAGUUAUAGUAAUAGUAGUGGUAGUGCUGGUGGCAGUAAUAGUAGUAGUCGUUCUAAUAGUGGUAGUUAUAGUAAUGAUGGUUAUAGUAAUAUUAGUGUGCUUGUGGUAGAAUUAUGGUAAUAAUAGUUAUACUAAUAUUAGGUAUAGUAAUAUUAGUUAUAGUAAUAGUAGUUUUGCUAAUGGUGGUGGUUGUGGUAGUAAUAGUAGUAACAGUAAUAGUAGUUAAAUAUUGAAAUAUUGAUGCGGUUGUGGUAGUAGUUAUAGUAAAACUGGUUAUUAUUAUUGGUAGUAACAAUGUAAAAGUAGUUAUAGUAGUGGUAGUAUUAGUAAUAGUAGUUAUAGUAAUAGUAGUGGUAGUGCUGGUGGUAGUAAUAGUAGUAGUCGUUCUAAUAGUGGUGGUUAUAGUAAUGAUGGAUAUAGUAAUAUUAGUGUGCUUGUGGUAGAAUUAUAGUAAUAGUAGUUAUACUAAUAUUAGUUAUAGUAAUAUUAUUUAUGGUGGUAGUAGUAAUAGUGGUUAUAGAAGGUGUAGUAACAGUAAUAGUGGUUAUAGAAAUAUUAGUGUAGUGGUGGUAGUAAUACUAGUUAUACAGUAGUCAUAGUAGUGGUGGUGGCAAUAGUAAUUGUAGUCAUAGCAGUGGUAGUGAUAGUAGUUAUAGUAAUAGUAGUGGUAGUGUUAGCUGGUAGUAGUAGAAGUGUAUUAAUAGUAGUAGUGGUAGUGUGGUCCCCAGAGGACAGAAAGGGUGUCUUACCAGAAAGGGUGAAGCCAGCCGACUGCAUCUGCUUAAUGACUACAGCAUCAUCUGAAGCCAGAAGGAAAAUGCUAUUGACCCUCUUCCACAUACACAAGUUUACACAUGAUUGACUAGUGGCUCUGUGAUGUUAAUAUGGCUACUUCUAAAAGAUUCUACAGUUUUUAUUCUUGGAGUGUUCAUUGAGUUUCCAGAAGAUCUCUGUGUGAUUUCAUCCUGUCUGUGUGUCUCUGUGUGUCAGUUCUAUUUGCAGGCUCGGUUCUCAUGGCGUGGUGCGAGACUGUUGAGGCCGCUGUUGCAGUUCCUGCUGGUGAUGUUAGCCAUGUACACCGGGCUCAGCCGGAUCAACGACUACCGCCAUCAUCCCUCUGAUGUCCUCACUGGCUUCCUGCAGGGAGGAAUCACUGCAUACUGGGUGGCGUUCCACAUCUCCUCCAUGUUUAAAACCUGUCCUGCAGACUGCUCGCCUAACUGUCUCCCCCUGGACAGCCCUCUGUCUCUGUCCAGCCGUCAGACAGAGUGCUAGCGACUAGUCGUGGGACACAGAGAUACACGGCGCUGCCUUGAUGUUUGAACCGAACCGAAUGACAUCAGUCGAUGGACACAAGCUUUGGGGAGGUAAAGGAAGAAAAGGAGGAGGAGGAGAAGAAUGUCCAGAGGACAAUGUCCGUACUCACAUAUACAUACCGACCCACUGCCUACGAGUCCCGCAUAAAUAAGAUAUACAACACAGAUAUCAUUUUUUGUCUUUUAUGUGAGCCUUUAUGUUUAUAUUUUACUUUAAAAAUCCAGCAAAUAUAUGUAGUCGAAGCUGCUAAUAAUUGUAUUAUUCCGUAGUGACACUUAUACAGGAGCCUCUGUGGAGUUAUGUGGAGACUCCACAGGUCAAUCACCUGCAGCUUAUUGGAGCAAUGCCUCUUUGACGGACAGACGUACUGACCAAUCACGAGAGUUCUGUGGUUACAAGCGACACCGGGCUUCAUUUAUUAAACUUUAUACGAAUCCGUUUAUUUGUAGAACGUUUCACAGGACACGGUUACUUACUACAGAAAAACAAACUUGUAUGUGAACCUCGAACGAUUGUCUUCCAUUCCUGUAAUUAUCCAUGAUCGAGUUACUGCGAGUUUCAUUUGCAUAUUUAUUUCAGUUACACACUCAGUUACAUGUUAUAUAAAUUAAGACAAAAUAGACUAGCCGAUUAAUUAGGACAAAAGUAUUGGCGCCCUGUAAAAGGAUGAAGAGUUUGUGUGUGUGUGUGUGUGUGUGUGUGUGUGUGUGUGGUUAGCACCUGAUGCUCUGC